UGGGCACACCUGUUCUGUGCUGCGCACUGUAAAAUGGGAUAUAAUCAUUAUUAGCUUAAAGGGAGAAAAGGGAACUUCCGGGAAUCUUCCUUACACAUCCUGUUGUGGUUUCUACCUGCUCCCAAGCCCACAAAAGUUCUGUCAUAUGCUGUUAAAACAUCAUAAUCUGACAACUCGACAGCCUUUCCAUCAGCUUCUGCAAAAGAAACCACCUCUUUCACCUGCAGUGUGGCAUCGUGCAGUACGAGGCAUGUUUAUUCAAACUCAGGACACACCAAAUCCAAACAGCUUGAAGUUUAUUCCAGGAAGGGAAGUGCUGGAGUCGAGGACUAUGGAGUUUUCCACACCAGCUGCAGCCUAUUGCUCACCUUUAGCGAGACAGUUAUUCCGGAUUGAGGGAGUUAAAAGUGUUUUCUUUGGGCCAGACUUCAUCACAAUCACCAAGGAGAGUGAAGACCUGGAUUGGAACUUACUGAAACCGGAUAUUUAUGCAACCAUAAUGGAUUUUUUUGCCUCUGGCUUACCUGUAGUUACUGACGAGGCACCUAGGACAGAUGCAGCUGCUUCAGAAGAAGAUGAUGAAGUUGUACUGAUGAUUAAGGAACUGCUGGAUACAAGAAUCAGGCCCACAGUGCAAGAAGAUGGUGGUGAUGUUAUUUACAAAGGCUUUGAGGAUGGGAUUGUGCAGCUGAAGCUGCAGGGGUCGUGCACCAGCUGCCCCAGCUCCAUCAUCACCCUCAAGAAUGGGAUACAGAACAUGCUCCAGUUCUACAUCCCUGAGGUGGAAGGCGUUGAACAGGUUGUUGAUGACGAUGAUGACGUGGAGAAAGAAGCAAAUUCUACUUGAGCUUCGUCAUCUGUGGCCAAAUAAACGUUUACCUCCUGGUGUAUGUAAACCAUCAUUGUGCUGGGGAACAACCCAAUCUGCCUUGUCAGAAAAAGUUGUGAGAAUGUACCAUCAGUUUAAGCAGUUCAUCCACUAAUUUAUUAAAUGCCCUGUAUUACAAAAAAAAUCUUUUGCUCUGCUUUGUGCUAUGUCUUCAGAAAGAAAUGGUGGUCUCAGAAAACAGCGUUGUGUUUCUGUAUUGUUUUUUUCAUACAGAAACUUCAAUACUGAAAAAAGAGAAGGCAGAAUUCCUUGGCUUUUUUGUGCAAUAGCAAUAUUAAAUGUUUAUUCCCCCAACUUGUGGGACUGAUCGGACUCUGUCCUUACUCUGUAAAUGGGAGCUUCAGGAAUGUUAUUUUUAUCAAGUCUUAUUUAAAAGCUGAUUCCUAUCAAAUUUUUGUGUCUGAAAGAUAA